CAUACCCAUUGCCCACCACACCGCCUCGCUUACCCAUCGCCAUCAUGGCCGAUGCGCCGCCGCGCCCCGUCAUCGUCGUCACGGGCGCCAACAGCGGCGUCGGCCUCGGCACGUGCCAGCGCCUCCUCGUGCAGCUCUCGGCGCCGCUGCCGUCCGACACGGAGCCGCGCUUCGCCCUGCGCGACGGGCCGGCCGCGCUGCCGUCGCCGUUCGCCGCACCCCACGGCUGCACGCUCGUCCUGGCGUGCCGCAACCCCGUCAAGGCGCACCGCGCGCGCCGCGAGCUCAUGGCGCUGCUCGAGGCGCUCGGCGAGCUGCCCGACGAGGCGCAGCCGACCGAGGCGCCGCGCAGCCGCCGCCUGCCCAAGGGCAGCAUCGACGAGGACGCCGAUCCGGCGCUCGCGGCGCAGGCCGUCGAGGCAAGCAUCCGCCGCCGCCGACGGCGCGGUGCGGCCGCCGCGGCCGCCACGGCCGAGGGCCAGGCGCAGGAUGCACUCGCCAGCGGCGCCACCUCGUCUGCGCUGCCGCCGCCCAAGGCCCUUGACACAUACGACGAGACGCGCGACGGCGACGGCGCAUCGCUGAGCUUCGCCGCAAGAGAGGCGCGUGCGCGCGGCGUGUAUCGGCGGCGCUUCGUCGCUGGCACGCGCAUCGAGUUUGUGCCGCUCGAUCUCGGCAGCAUGGCGAGCGUGCUGUCCUGCGCCAAGGACAUCACCGAACGACACGGCUAUGUGACGCAUCUUAUCCUCAACGCAGGCACCGCAGCAUGGACCGGCAUCAACUGGGCGCUCGCCACGUGGAUGAUCAUCACGCGGACACGCGCCCUGCUGCCGGCCCUGCGCGCCACGCCGUACGCCACGCCGUCGCGCGUCAUCUGGACCGGCUCCAUCGAGGCGUUUGGGCGCUUCUACAAGCCCGACGACUGGCAGUGCCUCGACCCCAAGCGCUCGCCGCACCCGUACGAGAGCUCCAAGUACCAGUGCGAGCUGGCGGCGCUCGGCCUCGAGGAUGCGCUCCGAGGGCCGGUGCGCCUGCCGACCGCGCCGGGCACGCCGACGGGCGACGCCAGCCCGCGCACGGCGCAGGGCAUCGAGCCGACGAGCUUCACUGCGCACCCGGGCGUCGUCGCGAGCAGCAUCUUCGCCGAGUACCUCAACGUCUUCAUGGCGCUCUGCAUGAAGUUCGCCUUCUAUCUGGCCCGCUGGACGCUCUCGCCGCAUCACCCCAUCGAGGCGUACAAGGGCGCCGUCGCCGCGAGCCACGUCGCGCUCGCACCGCUGGCCUCGCUCGACCCCACGCGGCGCUACGGCGCGCGGGCCGACUUCUGGGCCCGCGAGUACGUCGACGCCGGCCGCAUGGACGGCUGGGCGCAGCGGCGGGACCGGCAGGCGAGCGAGCAGGAGGGCGAGCAUGUCCGCGCCCAGGCGCGCGACCUCAUUGCGCGCCUCGAGGGCGUCGCCGGGCGCGUCUGGGAGGAGGCGCGCGACGGCAGCCUGCCGCCGUUCCGUGAGCUGGGCCCUGCCGGCGACUCCUUCUCCUCGGCGCUGCUGCUGCCCUCGAGCAAGCGCGCCGAGCCUGCCUCGCCCGCCGACGCAGACCGUGACUGGGAGAAGGUCGAGAGCGAGGUGUGAGCAUUGCCUCGGCCCAAUGACACCUCUGUUGCCGCUC